GAGCAGAUGUUGCUAUCGUUCGCUGAUCGUUACUGUAGACCAUAUGUAAUAAAUAAAAAUAGCAAAAGUGGAUGUAGCGAUAGUUGGCAAGUUAGAAAUGUAAAAUGUUCAUAGUUCUAACCGUUCUGAAAAUUGGAAAGCACAGCGCAGCUUCUCGCACGAACGAAACCCACGUUGCGUUCAUUGCAUGUACUAAUCAGGGCAUAUAAACUUAAUCUAACCACAACAUCAACAAAUGCAUGGAGGGCAUAACUUCUUUCGAUAUAAAAUCACUGAAGAAUGUGAAGACGAGCGUCAGGACGGCAGAUGGCCGCCACUUCGUCGAGACACGCGACUCAAAAGGAGAGCCACGCGUUGUAUCAUCGUCGCGUUUUGACGGCUCGAUGGGUUUCGUGCCUGACCUCAAACCAGAUCUUCAGGUGGGCGAAGUGAUUCCAGGACUUCACAUAGGUUCCCAGGAUGCAGCUGCCGAUUGGGGUCUGCUGCAGUCUCUCGCUGUGACACACGUCGUGAAUGCGGUCGCCCCGACAGUGCCAAACUUCCACGAAGACCUCGGGCUGAAUUAUCUGGCUCUCGAACUGCUGGAUCUCCCAGACUUCACGCUGACUCGGGCCACCAUCGACACAGCGUGCGACUUCAUUGAUGGAGCGCUCUCUUCCGGCGGAUCCGUACUCGUGCAUUGCAACGCAGGCGUGUCCAGGUCGUGUGCCCUCGUGCUGGCCUUUCUGAUACUGCGACGUGGAAUGGAUCUUCACCAGGCCCUGGAGAAGACGCGCAUGGCCAGGCCUGCCGUUCGCCCCAACGAAGGUUUCCUCAGGCAGUUGGCAGAGCUGCAGAAAAGCAUGCUUGACGCGUCCCCGCCCCCGUCGUCCUGAUUGUCUCCACAAGGGCGGAAGAGAGAGAGAGAGAGAGAGAGAGAGAGAGAGAGAGAGAGAGAGAGAGAGAGAGAGAGGAAGUGACACGUGUGUGCUUACUGCUUUCACUGGACUGUGUGUGUGCGCGCGUUUUGACGGACGGCUUAGUUGAUACCAAAGUGGCUGCAAAUGCCUUGAACGCCUAAUUGUGAAACAGUAAAACAGUAAAACUGUAAAACAUUAAAAAGUUACAUGAAAAAGACAAAAGCUUUUAUAUUAUGUAUAAGAAGGAGCCAAAUAAAAUAAUAAGUCACUUUGAUCUAACCUUGAUGUCUUAAAAAUCACAAAUGUACGUUCUUUAUUGUGCCUUUUACAAUGCAUUAAUUUGUUCUUACUUACCCGUACAGACCAAUGCUUCUUCUACAAGAAAUAGCGGACCUGCGCAAGCCCAACUACACAUCCUGUGUCGGGUGGAAUGACGUUGCUCAUAUCAGAGCAGCAUGCAGUUUGGUUUGUCGUUUCGUUACACUGGUGUGUCUCUGCUCAAGGACUGGCGAGCACUUUCCUUUCGCCCGAGCUCGUGCACGGCCUUCGAAGACAGACAAAUGUUCAUCUGCAGACUGUCGGGCACGUGGGACCGAAUUCGCAAAGCUUUUCGUUCGUGAGUGCAGUUUGUUAUCGAGCGACCGCCAUCGCUGAUAGUAUAUGUCCAGCAGAACGGUUGGCUGGAUUCUAUUAACAACAUUAACAGUCGUCGCGCGGUGACGAUAAAAGCAGUGCACUAUACGCGAAGAAAUGCUGCGGUGUGUUAAUCUCACUAGAACGAAUUUCGAGCGUACUACAUUCUGUAAAAUUGGCAGGCUCGAAUUAUUUGUAAGUAUAAAUCUCAUCUGGUGCAAUGCUGUUUCCUCUGAUAUUCGUUCAGGCGAGCGCACAUAUAUAUAUAGUGUGUUUUCGCACUUCUGCUCGCACACUCCAUAUCUGACCAGCACUACCACGCCCCUGAUUACUAGUCUUUCUAUAAGGCGAGAAAUUACAGAUGCCUUG